CAUGCAUAUCUCAUAAUCUUAAAGUCGGCACACUUUAUCGAAUAUACGCCUAUAAUACUUGAAGAAAUGAAUCGAAUAUUUUAUCAAUGCAAGAAUAUUUUGCAAUCUUAUCUAAAAUUCAAUAAGAAUCCAAGAUAAACAAUAGUAUUUUGCUUUGCUGUCAGUAAAAAUUAUGAUUUCACAUUUUUUUGCAGAGUGAACUUUGCACGUAUCACAAGACCAUGGAUACAUUUCCUACGCAAAGGUACGAAACAAAGAUUGAAUCCUUUGACACGUGCAUGAUUGACGCUACGAAUCAACAGAGAGAAAUAUCUCAAACAGUGAGUGGACAAGUUCCCUCUCAAACUGUUGAAGUAGAGAAUCAAGAGAAUCAUGAGACUCCUACUUUACAUCAACAACAACAAGAACCACAACAACAUCAACAAGACCAACACAGUCAGAUUUCCCCGAUUCAAUCAAAUACUCAACAAAGCAUGACUCUUACUCCAAUUCGACUACCAGCUAUUCUUGAUGGAGAGUUUUUUACAGUAAUUAGAGUAGAAGAUACUAAUGUCACAGUUCGUUGUUUGCAGUGUCAGAAACACUUAAAUGGAAAUUUGAAAUCUACAGGAAAUUUUUUAAGUCAUAUUAAAAGGGUACAUCCUUUUAUGAUUGAUAAAAUUAAAUGUAAAUCAAAUCAAAGGAAACCUGCAAUGGUAUAUAUUGACUUAUCAGCUGAUAAAUGUCCAGAACUAGUCAGAACAAAACGAGGAUACAGGAAGUGUUAUAAGACAGAGGAAUGUCAACCUGGAAAUGAAGAAACAUAUGAUCAGCCAAACGAAUGGACAGAAUCUCCAUUAAUUCGUAGACGUAAAUCAGAAGAAGCUGAGUCUACUGAACUUUUAAAAUUAUCACAUAACAAUUCAUUUGUAAUGGAAGAUGAGUUUGAUGCAAUUGGACGAAAUGUAGCAGCAAAACUUAGAAAUAUGAGAUUAGACCAAAGGAUUAUUGCUGAAAAAUUAUUAAAUGACAUUCUAUUUGAAGCACAAUUGGGCAACCUUCAUAGAGAUUCUAAUAUACAUGUAUGAGAUAAGCAUUUUUUCUGUCCAAAGAACUCCCGCGUGUAAGUGAACAAUGUGAAUACAAUUGAAUGGUGUAUAAGGAAACAUAUAUUUUUUAUCAAGCCAGAUUUAUUAACACUUCUUUAUGAAUGUUAUCUCAUUACA